CCUUUAUUACAUUUAGUUCAUGUGAAACAAGGGUUUUAAAUAUAUUCUCUCUCUUCUCCACCCAAUUUAUUUGAAUUUUAAUGGUGAAAAAUGAGUGAAAUUGGAUGGAAGGAUAUACUUAUCUGACGGACCAGUGAUUUAGGGAUGCCAUAGUUAUUACCUCAAUAUAGAAGGAUGUAAGUGUUAAUUGGACUAUAAUUUAGGGACGCCAAAGCAUUUUACUCUUUGGAAAAUCCAUAAAAAAUGACACCAUAUCAUAAACAUUUAUUUUUUUUAAAUGUAAAUAUUUAAAGAACAGUUCCCAGUUAUAUCGGAAUAAAAGAAAAGAAAAGAAAAUGUUUGUUUGAAAACGACAUCGUAUCAGCUAAAUCCGCUGAUCUCUUCCUCCGCUGAUCUCCUCCUCAAUACACCUCUUAGCUCUUAUUAUCAGAUCAUCAAAGCAGCAGGUGCUUGUUAGAUGGGCUGGCAAUUGAUCAUUUUGUCACUAAUUGUGCUUUGGAUUGCUUCUUUAUGCAAAAUUCUACAUACAUCAGUCUCACCUUCCAAGACAUCUUUUUUGAGCAAUGGUGGAGAUCUUGGCAAGAAAAAUGUCCUGCUGGUUGUUGCUCACCCUGAUGAUGAGUCCAUGUUCUUUUCUCCAACAAUAAACUAUCUGAUUUCAAGAGGGCACAAUCUUCACAUUCUAUGCUUGUCUAUAGGAAAUGCAGAUGGUAUAGGAAAUAUUAGAAAACGCGAACUGUAUAAAGCUUGUGCAGUCCUCAAGGUUCCAUUUCAAAAGGUGAAGGUUUUGGAUCAUUCAGAUUUACAGGAUGGUUUUGGCCAAGUUUGGGACCAUAAAAUGUUGGCAAAGAUCAUUGAAGAGGAAGUAUCUAGUAAUGACAUUGAUGUGAUUGUUACUUUCGAUAGUUACGGCAUUUCAGGUCAUUGUAAUCACCGUGAUGUGCACCAUGGGGUACGAAAACUAGUACAUGAAAAUUCAAGAAGUAUUGAAGCCUGGGAACUUGUCAGUACCAAUAUUUUGCGCAAGUAUAGUGGGUCGCUUGAUGUUUGGUUGUCCAUGUUAUCAGCUUCGAAAUACAGUAAAAGGGCGAUGCACUGCUUGGUAAAUGAGCAGCCUCAUAAGAGCUUCCACGCAAUGGCAGAACACUCAAGCCAAUGGGUUUGGUUCCGCAAGCUUUUUGUUGCGUUUUCUAGUUAUACUUACGUAAACACGCUCAGAAAGAUCGAUGUAUAGGUAUUAUACAGAAUAAAUGGGAUAUGCUGAGUAGUAUUUUUGACAUGAUAUUUUAGCGUUCGUCAAUGCAUAUCAAGUCUUUCCAAUGAGGAUUCAAGAAUCACAAGUACAGACACAGAAGCAAUGGAGUUGGAGGAUAUUUCAAACUUGACAAAUUGUGUUGUGAUUCUUUGUUCAGUUUAGUUUGAUUGUUUUUGUGUCCUUUAAUUGGAAGUUAAAUUAUAUAAAAUCUAAAAAUUGCUUCUGCUGCUUGUUUCACAUGUUGAGUACAAAUAAUAAUAUUUCUACAUGUGACAAGCACGUGUAUUAAGAGACCUUUCAAAUGGAUUUAACUAUAAAACAAAUGCUUUGAUCAUGAA